AUGUGCAGCAAUAGUAAUGUCGAUAACAACGAUAAUGUAAUAGGAGCGGAAACUGCCACUACUUCACAAACUUUAGAACUAUUAAACCAGUACGAUAAAGAUAUAGAACAAAAGAAUAAACUAUUAGGACUAGUCAAUGUUACUGAUAAUGAAAAUAACAAUACCACUAAAAAUUUAAAAAAAUUAUCCUAUGAAGAACUGGUACAUGAAAAUUUCAAUUUGAAAUUAUUACUUAGGGAACAUACUAUGGAAAUUGAUAGUUUAAAGAAAACCAUCGAACUAUUAACAAAGUCAAAAGGUAGUUCCAAUGAUAACACCUUGCUCAGUCAAUUACAAAAGCAACAAACAUUAACUAUGACUCCUCCUCCAAGGUCUACUAAUAGAAAUAAAAAUAAUUUGUCUUUGAGUAUAAAUAGUAAUAAAAGUAAAAAUAAACCCGCACAAACACCAGAGUCUAUCUCCAGCGACAAUGAAUCAUUUACAGCUACACCAUUGGACAAAGUUACUCUCGAAUAUCAUAAUAAUAACAAUAUAAAAGCGCAUACGAACACCCAAACAUUAAUAACAAAUAAUACUUCAUCUUUUCAGGGGAAACCAGCUACUUCUGCCGCUUACACUAGUUCUAGAAUUACAAUUCAAUCACCACUUACUGUUGAAAAUGAAAAAUCUGAUAAUGUUACCAAUUAUAAUCCUAAAAAUAAUACAUUACAUAACCCAUUAGAACAAGCCCAUACAUCCAGGAUAACUACGGACACCUCUUCAACCAAACCAACAACGUUAGCAUUGGAAAAUAAUGAAAAUAAUUCUAGCAUACAUAACCGUCACUUACUAUCACCUUCUUCUCCUAAUAAAAGCAAUAGGUUUGCCUUUGUAGUUGACGAGCAUCUACGUUCUCCCUUAAAAUAUAGUGAUAAUAACAACAGUGACGACAGCGAUUUCGGAGAGAAAAUUACUGGUAUUGAUAAUAGUGCUCACCACGAUGAUUGUGCUUACUAUACCGAAGCACAGUCGCCUUCUAAAGAAGGCGUAUCAGCUUAUGAUUUAUCGUUAAAACCUUUUAGACAAAUAAUAAGUAGCAACAACAAUACGAACCAGAAAAAUGAUAUAAAACAAAAGGCUGAACAUGAGGAUAAAAAAUCUAAAAAUCCAGGCAUAUCUUUAAUAAUAGCUUCGGAAAACCAGAGUUUACAUGAACAAAGUUUGGAAGAACGAUUAGAAGAUAGUAGUGUUAAUACUAACAAUUUGGAGCCAUUUCCUGGCCACGAUUAUACUGAAACAUUCAACAAAACCACCAAUGGGUUUCUUUCAAUUGCUUAUAAUGAUAAAAACACUUCCAUUCUAAAUAGACAAAAACAUUCUUUAUCUGCUACAGCUUUAAUACAGCCGAAUAAUGUAUUUAAUGGUAUUGACGAUAUUCAGAAUAUGGAGCCUAAUGACCAUAAUACUACAUCUAAUGCCUUAGGUUCACCUGUACUGAUUAAUAAGCCAAGUGUACAAAGUUUAGACAGAUUAGAUCAUGAUACCCACCGCUAUAAUCAAAAUACUGAUCCGGAUACUCAUAAAUAUGCUAUACCUAACAACGUUAUAUCAGCCAAAUCAAUUGCCAAUCAGUUGUUAACUGCUGGUAAUAAGUUAUCCAGUUCUUAUCCGGUUAAAACACCACAAAGUGUUAAAACACCACAAAGUGUGGAAACGUUUAGCACGGAUGAUAAAUCAUUGAAACAACAGCGGCAAAUAGAUAAUGGCGAUACAUCAGCAAGCGUUAUCAGUAAACAAGGAAGUAUAAAAUCCAAUAUACCGCUUUUUGUUAAACCAUCUGAAUUUCAUACGGUUAAAUUAAUAAUUAUAAGUACCAUCUAUAGAGCCACUCACAGUGGUGCCGGAACCUUAACUUCUUCAACGACAAAUACAAGCAGCAACGAUGAUUAUUGUAGUAUUCUAUUUAGUGUAGUAGAUAAUGAAUCUAAUAAAGAGAUAUUCAGAUUCUAUAAGAGUAUUGAUCAAAUAUAUGAGUUGUCUGAUAAAUGGUUCAAGCCAUAUAUGGAUAUUUUAUCUUUACCUCCAUUACCUGAAAAGCAGUUAUUUAAAAUAAAUUUGGUUGUCCCCAAGAAAGUUUGUGAGAGAAAGGAGAAACUAACGGAUUAUUUUUUAAGUUUGCUCGCCAUACCAUCUUUACCUCGUAUUCCAGGUUUGAAGUUAGCUGAGUUUAUGAGUACCGAUACGGUAACCGAUGUAUUGGGCAUGACUGCAGAUUCUUCAUUAAAAGAGGGCUGGUUAUUAUUUAGAAAAAAUAAAACAUUGAGUUCUAGUGGGAAUUGGAAAAUAAGAUAUGGGGUGAUGAAUGAUGAUGGCCAGAUACUAAAAUUGUAUGAUUACAAUAACCUGAGUGAACAAAUUAAAUUGAGUCAUUCCCACAUUGAAAUUCAACCGAAUUUCCCAGAUGAAAAGUAUGGCACGGUUAACGGCUUUGUCAUUAAUGAACCUAAAAAAUCGGGCUUGACUUCUAACAAUAGGUAUUAUUUUAGUACGGAAACAAGGAAAGAAAGAGAAAAUUGGAUAACAGUUUUAAGCAAGUAUACUGAAUUACCCAAAGUCUUGGAUCCAGGUCCAUCAAUUUUGCCUACCCCAAUGGCUUCUUUAGCAGUUAGUAGCAAUAACAUACGUAAAGAUGAUAGUACUAGUAGCAUCAAUAACAAUCGUACUACACCUACGACAAUGAGAAGUAAUAAUACCAAUUCUAGCGCUAUUACAAGUAACCCUGUGGCUGCAGGUGUAAAUGGUCUCAAAAACAGAUUUAGAAGCGGAUCCUUAUCUGCAUUGGCGAAGAGACGUGAAAUUGCCUAUGAAGAAACAUCUAUAGUAUCAACUAGCAGCGGUGUUCAUAAUAAUUCUGGUACCGUAACCAAUACCACAUUUUCUUCUGUUUCUACCGAUGAUAGCAAAACAAGUGAAACAAUUAUUCCAAAGAUUAUAAGUUCCAGUUACCCCGAUUUAUCAGAUUCUCAAAUUACUGCUAGCUCAGCUAAUACAUCUAAUUCCAACUCUAUUACAACAACCCCUAUUAAUGCUGCAAACUCUUCCUCGGUGAGCACGACAACUACAAGUGUUAAUUCGCCAUCCGAUCGUGAUGUUAAGCGUAACAGAAUAAGAAGCUUUUUCCCUUUCAAAAAAGUUAUCACGCCAGAACCACAACAAUUGCAUCAACAGCUUACUGGCAAUCCUUCUAUUGGUACAUCGAGUAUACAUACUAAUGAUAACGUUGAAAAUACUGACAAUGGUGCCAAUCUAUAUGUUAUACCUACAUCACCACAACCAUCUAAUAUUAGUGUUGACUCAAGUUCUUUGAUGAAUGGUAUAAUUACCCCUGUUACGAAGUUAGAUAGUAAUAUGUCCACAACAACAACAACAACAGCAACAACAAAUAACAACAACAACAACACCAAUAGUAAUCAUAGCCAUGGCAGCACCACUACUAUUAAUGGUAGUUUGACUGUUAAUAAUAUAAUUUCAACCAGCACAACACCGUUGAAAAAGAGAGAAAAUAUUGUUCCCAAAUCGGAAUUAACGUCACCAUCACACUCGCCUUUACAUAAUAAACAUGGAUUGCCAUAUCACAAUAGCAACGAUAAUAACAGUGGUUCAGCUUCUAGUAAUAUUAAUCAAGUUUUAAAAUCGAUGAACCUAGAUUCUUCUUCAAACUCGUCACUGACUUCAAAUACAUUAAAUACUGCAAAAUCUAAUAUUUUUGGUACAGAUUUGUCUUUAACUUUAAAACAGUCAUCCCACACAUACCAAAAGGAAUAUGUUAUUCCAUCGGUUGUAUAUAGAUGUUUAGAGUAUCUGUACAAACAUAAUGCGUUAGAAGCAGAAGGUAUUUUCAGAAUAAGCGGAUCCUCCCUGUCUAUCAAACAAUUGGAGGAGAUUUUUGAUCGCCAACAUGAUAUGAAUUUGUGUGAGCAGGGUGAAAUAAGUGAAAAUAAUGUACAUGUUGACAUUAAUGUUGUUACUGGUUUACUUAAGUUAUUUUUUAGGAAAUUGCCACAUUAUAUCUUUGGUGAUGAAAAUUUUGAAUAUUUUAAAACGGUUAUAGAUAAACAUGGGAUGGAUAAUGCUAAGGACGUCGCAAUUAAAUACAGAGAUAUUGUUCGGGAGCGGGUAUUGAAGGAAAAUUUCGAUUUAAUGAAUGUUUUAUUUGAAUUACUAGUUAAUAUUUGUCAGCAUAGUAAAAUUAAUAAGAUGAACUUAAGGAAUUUAUGCAUUGUUUUUUCGCCAACUUUGAAUAUACCAGUUAAUAUGUUACAACCAUUUAUUGUUGAUUAUUCAUGUAUCUUUCAAAACAAAGAACCUAUAGAAAAUUCCGAAAGAGAAAAGUUGGAAUUAAAUAUUCCACAAUUCCCACUUUAA